AUGGCUUCGACGGAAUCUUUAGUAUGCGACACACUCGAUUUAAGUGGUCAUGGUCUGAAGAAGCUUGCCCGUUGCCCGUCAGAUGCAGAUAUCAGUACAUUGAUCAUAGACGACAAUGAGCUUCAACGUCUCGAUAAUCUUGAUUCUUAUCACAGAAUUACUAAGCUUUCAAUAGUAAGGAAUCAACUCUUGCGUAUGUAUGGGGUGUCAAAGUUACAUAAUCUUGUAACUCUUAAUUUGGCAAACAAUGGUAUAUUGACUAUAGAAGGUAUAAAAGAUAUGAUAAAUUUACAAACACUUUGUUUAGCUGGGAAUAACAUAAAGUCUAUUGAACAUUUGCACACAAAUACUAAAUUGGAGCAUUUAGACUUGUCUGAAAAUAGUAUCAGCCACAUCUCUGAUAUUUCUUAUUUACGAAAUUUGAAGGAACUGUUUUUACAUAACAAUCGCAUAAUAACAUUAAGGCAAUGUGAACGCUACUUGCCCACUUGUUUGGAAACAUUUACAUUGGCAAACAAUAACAUUACUGACUUAAAUGAAAUGUCACAUUUAGCUAAUUUAAAAAAUCUAGUAAACUUUUCAAUUGCUAAUAACCCAUGUGUUAGUAUGACAGGUAACAGUAUUGGUUUUGACUAUCGACCUUUUGUUAUCAAUUGGUGUAUGAGCUUGAAAUCAAUUGAUGGCUAUCCUGUUGAUCCUAUUGAAAGUUUAAAAGCAGAGUGGCUAUAUUCUCAGGGACGUGGUAGACAAUUCCGUGUUGGUGAACAUGCACUGCUUGCACAGUAUUUAGCAUCUGUCUGCCCACUUUCUGGUGAAUCUCUAGAAAAUGAAACUGACAGGAAGCUUAGGCUAAUUUUGAGUAAGGCACAACAUCAUCAGCAACAAUUAAGUCAACAAAGUGAUACUGGAAGUGUGCACAGCUUAAGUAGCGUUGGAAUGAGUCCUUCUCCAGCUACUAGGCGUAGACUUAGUCAUAACAGGACAAGUUCUCCUAGACGUGCCAUUGCGCCAAUGUUGACAUACUAUGAAGAUAAAUGCUUACAGUCACCAAAAUUUUAUGAAGCAAAGUACUGUGUGUGUUAUUCACCUCGUAAAGGUUCAUCAAGGAAUACAUUAAGAAUAAGGUCACCAGAUAGAAUGGUAUCUAGUUGUCACACUGAUCACACUAUGGUUGCUUCAUGCCAUGCCUUAUUAAACGAAGAUCAAGAAACAUUGAUGACUCAAAGUUUGGAUCCAAAUAUGCUUUGUGGUACUUUAAAUAACAAAACCAUAAAUAUGGCUGUUUCACAAGAAAUAGAAGAAACAUCCAGUCCCCUGCAAGCUGCAACAAAGUUAGUACCAGUUCCAGAAUCUUUAAUGAGUCCAGAUUUUCGUCCACCAUCUGGUCUCUCUCGAGUUUUAGCAAAAACUCCAACAAGUAAAUUAACAUCACCAUGUCAAAUUACAAUGCCAAGUAAACCUACUACUGAUGGAGAUGGAAAAGCUAUUCCUAUAAUAAAUACGGUAAAUCCAAUGGCAAAGACGAAUCUCGCUACUGUAAAAGCAAACGCACUUGUAAAAAGUAAUUCCGCUACGAAUUGCGCUAUUGGAAAACCAAAUAUUGCUAAACCUAUUAUUACGAAUACUAGUAUCAAAUGUCCACAUAGUGUGAAAAUUAAUAAUUACGUUCAAAGCAAAACAUUGCCUGCAAAACGAAGUACAAAAAAUUCACCAAAUUUAGGCAGAAGUAUACCAAGGCCAAAGAGUGCAAAUGAUAGAAUUAAAAGUGGUGUAAUAAAAAAAAGCGGAGAUGGAGAUGCAGAUAAUGCUACUCAAAGUAGUGAUGAGGAUAGUGAAGUGUGUCAAGCAAAAUUAGAUAGUAUUCGACAUAGAGCUAUUCAACGACGGCAGGAGGAUAAUAAAGAUCACGACGAAGCUGAGAAGGCAGCAAUUUGUAUUCAGAGAAUGUGGAGAGGAUACCAUACUAGAAACCUUAAUAAAAAAGCAACAACUAUACUGAAGACUAUUGAAAUGCUGAGAACAAAUAAAUAUAUUCAGAAACUGUCUACUGACAUGGAAGCCACUAGAACUGCAUUAGAAAGCGAACAUAAAUUACAAUUAUUACAAAUGCAAGCAAUUAAUGCAUUAUGGAAAAAAGUUGUCAGUCUUCAACCUACUGCUAAUCGAGAUUCUACAAGCAAUGAUACUGAAAAUAUUGCACAGAAUGUAGAUGUUGUAACUAAUCUAGCACAAACAUGUAACUUGUUACAUAAUCAGGUUCAACAAUUACAAGAUUCUAUGUCCGAAAUAAAACGAUGCAUGUCGAGUAUGCAGUCAAAACCAAAUCGUGUUGAUAAUGGUGUUGCAACACAAACUGAAAUAUCAGCUGUUCAUACUCCAGCAGGGGAAGAAAAUACAUUUCCUUACGCACGACCGCAUAGACCACAGACUUUACCAAUUCAUCAAACCAUUCACGAAGGAAAUGAGAAUAAAAGUUUUGCUUCCAAUUUGAUUGACAGCGUGUUGAAAAAAGUUUCACAAUCCACCGAUACAACAGAUGAUGAAGUUAACACUGAUAUUUUAAACUCUAAUGAAAACCCGGAAUUAUUGAAUUCGAGUGAACAUCCUGACAUGUUUAAAAGUUGUGAAGAGAUCAUAGAACCUGAUUUCAAAGAUGUAGUGGAACAUAAUACAAAAAAUAGGUAUGACGUAAUUGACAACACUGUUAUAAAUGGUGAAGUUUGUGAAGAAACACUUUGUAAGGAGUUACAUAAUUUAAUUGAAACAGAAAUUACAACAGAAAAAUGUGCAAAUUUAGAAAAAGAAGAUAGUUCAGAAGAAGUUGAAAAAGAAUAACUUUAAUCUGA